CUGAAUCAUCUUUUCGUUUUUAAUAAUUUUAUUUGUUUACUUAACGUAACACAAUUUUCAGGUGCAAUAUAAAAACUGCUGAACAUAUAUUAUCAUACAAAAGGAUAAUCCAUCACUUCAAAAUGUUAACGGAAAACUAGUUUAUAGAAGGCCAGAGCAGGGAAAGACCGGUCCCAUACUGCCUUCAGUCGUGCAAGAAAGUUGAUCAGUCGCAUGUUCGGUUUGACAGCGAGCGCAUGAUAGCGCUCUCGUGCGCGUUAGCAGCUGCUGUCAGACUAUAGAAAAAACAACGCAGCCAUUUUGAGCCUGGUGCAAAAACUCAUAAAUUGACAAAUAAGUUAAUGUUAUGUUCUUUAGAACGGGCGAAAAUCUACAUCAAUUGGUAACAUUAUCGACAUCCUAUUGCUCAUUUCCAUUUGGCAACAUAGCCACCGAGAGUAAUCCUCAGUCUGUCGUCCUAUUUUUGCUGUGCUAUCCCGUCCGACUGGCAUUCUGAAAUGCAACUUGCAACCAUUUGUCCCAAGCUUUAACUCCAGAAAUAACCAAUCACAGCACUCUAGAAUCCUGUGUCAGGAGCGGUAUAGCCAAUCCACGCAUGCGUCUCACGAGCGAACGUAACAGGGCAAAGAUGGCGGCGGGUUCCGAUUUGCUGGAUGAUGUUUUCUUCAACACAGAGGUGGACGAGAAAGUAGUUAGUGAUCUAGUUGGAUCUUUGGAGUCUGAGCUCACGGGAUCGGGUCACGGAGACUCCACGGUCAGGGUCCAGUCUUCAGCAAAUCACAUUGGCAACUCAGCAGUAGGUGGCAAUUCCAAUGUCCAGGGCAGCAAAAUGGGACUUUCACAAGAGCUUGCUAAAGCAGGGACUGGUGGAGUGCAAGGCGGUGUCAUUAAUAGUACGAGGUCCCAAGGUUCAACCAUGGAUGCAGCAGCCGGGACCACAUCGGCAGCGGGAUCGGGAAUGGCAGGCGGUCAAAGCAAGUUGGUCGGUGGGAUUGUAACGGUGGCAGGCAGCGGAAAACCUGAAACAACUGGUGUGCAAACUUUGAAUGGAAGUAGCGUAAUGAUAAACUCUCACAAUUCGGAAAGCUCAACUAAUAGCAGUAGCAACAACACUUCACCAGCUACCACUAUUGUCAACAACGGACCUGGCUCUGGAGUCAAAGGAAACGUAAUUCUUUCAUCAACCUCUGGCACUGUCAUUCAAACUCCUUUAAUUAAUACACAUAAGGCUGUCACAUCGACUGUAAUAUCUCAGCCUUCCUCCACUUUGAACAGUGUGCCUACCGUCACACUCGUGAGGCCGCCUAUGCAAACCCCCGGAGCAAAUACUCAGCAGAGCGGGAGCAACACAGUUCUGACAUCAGCUGUCAGCGUUGCCAAUCCUGCAUGUUCAGGACCUCAGACUAACAAAUUCGAAACACCAAAAACGAUUAUUCAAACAACAGCACAGAUCGCGGCGUCUAGUGCUACAGCUGCAGUGAAAAGCCCACCGACUUUACAAAACGUAAUAAGGACUUCCACCCCAACAACAAUUGCUGCGAAUCCUGGCGGAAUACGAGCAAUUGCUCCGCAAGUGUUGGCUCCACGGCUUGCCCAGCCUCAACAGAAUGCUCCAAACAUCCAAAACAUUCAGCUUCCGCCAGGGAUGGUCCUGGUGAGAAGUGAGACUGGGCAGCUGUUGAUGAUCCACCAGCAGACCCUGGCCCAGAUGCAGGCUCAGUCCCAGUCCCAAAGCGCCAUGGCACCACGGCCAGCCACGCCCACCAGCACUCCCUCUGUCCAGAUCAACUCUGUUCAGGCUCCAGGGUCCCUGUUGACCCGUCAGGUGUCCCCCACCAGCAUCAUCAAGCAGGGUUCCCCAGUGCAGGCUAGUGUGCAGGCCACCACCACGCUCCAGAGGCCUCCGGUACUGCAGAACACCAUCAUGCUGGGAGGGUCCGCCAGCACCCCAGGCCAGCCUCUGGUCACCCCCUCCCCAGGACAGGCUGGCUCUGCUGCGGUGAGGACCCCCGCUCCUCCCUUGGCCGUCAGCACGGAGACUGUGGAGAAUGUGAAGAAGUGUAAGAACUUCCUAUCCACGCUGAUCAAGUUGGCGUCCAGUGAAAAGCAGUCCUCUGAGACCACAGCCAACGUCAAGGAGCUGGUUAAGAACCUUCUGGAGGGGAAGAUUGAAGCAGAGGACUUCACUAGUAGGUUGUACAAGGAGCUCAACUCUUCUCCUCAGCCCUACCUUGUGCCUUUCCUCAAGAGGAGUCUCCCUGCUCUGCGUCAGCUGACCCCAGAUUCGUCAGCCUUCAUCCAGCAGAGUCAGCUGCCCCUGCCCAGCGCCCAGCCUGCCCCCGCCCCAGCCGCUGCCUCCACCGCCCUGACUGCCGUGGUCUUGGGGGGCACAGCCGCCCAGAGACCCCCCCUCUCCUCCAGUAGCAGUGUGGGGGCCAAACAGUCCCCUGUGAUCAGCCUGGCCCACACACCCCUCAGCAAGCCCAGCCUGAUGGUGCCCCAGCAGCAGGGGGCGCUGGUGAGACCCCAGGUGACCCUGUCCCAGUCCCCCAUGGUGACCCUCCGAGGACAGACCCACAGUCGCGUCAUCAUGGGCCAGCCGCAAAUGGUCAAGCAUCUGCAGGCAGUGCCUGUGAUGAAGCAGCCUCUGGCCCCAGGGGGCCGACCAGCAGCAGGGCCCUCGUCUCUAUUGACGGCAGCUCAGAGGAACAAGCUGAAGGAGGCGGGGGGAAGCUUCAGGGACGAUGAUGACAUCAAUGAUGUUGCCUCCAUGGCUGGAGUCAACCUGUCGGAAGAGAGCGCCCGUAUCCUGGCAACAAACUCUGAGCUUGUUGGCACGGUGACCCGUUCCUGUAAGGAUGAGGCCUUCCUCGCUACCUCUUCACUGACCCGCAGAGUCCUGGAAAUAGGUAAGAAGUUUGGAGUCGCUGAACUGGGCCCUGAGGUCAUAAACUACAUAUCCCAUGCUACUCAGCAGCGACUCCAGAACCUGCUGGAGAAAGUGUCUGAGGUGGCACAGCAGAAAAACAUCACAUUCAAGGAGGAUGAUAAGCACGAGCAGGCGAGUGAUGUCCGGGCUCAGCUCAAGUUCUUUGAGCAGCUGGACCAGAUGGAGAAGCAGAGGAAGGAGGAGCAGGAGAGGGAGAUCCUCAUGAAGGCUGCGAAGUCUCGGUCGCGGCAAGAGGACCCUGAGCAGCUCCGGCUAAAACAGAAGGCCAAAGAGAUGCAGCAGCAGGAGCUGGCCCAGAUCAGACAGAGAGAGGCCAACAUGACUGCCCUGGCAGCCAUCGGACCCCGUAAGAAAAGGAAGAUGGACUCUCCCAUCAGCGGGGCCACAGCUGAGGGCACGAGCUCUGGCCCCUCUCGGGAGGGGGGGUCGGGAGGGGGGGGCUCCAGACAGUUCACCCGCCAGCGCAUCACCAGGGUCAACCUCAGGGACCUGCUUUUCUGCCUGGAGAACGAGAGAGAAACCAGCCACUCCCAUCUCCUCUACAGAGGCUUCCUCAAAUAGCACCGAGAGACCCAGGCCCCACCCAAAAUACUACACUGACCAGCUCCACUCAAACUCCUCCACAUGGGACAGAGGAUGAGCCCUCCCUGUUAUUCGUACAUCCCCUUCCAAGGUGAUGGCACAGAGGGAUAAUAGAACAGCAGUGUGCUGAAGAAGCUCUCAUGUUGUGAAACGCUCAUGGAGAGCAGAAUGGGCCUGGAAGCCUGGCAGGCUCCCACCAGACCAGGCUCCCACCAGACCAGGCUCCCACCAGACCAGGCUCCCACCAGACCAGGCUCCCACCAGACCAGGCUCCCACCAGACCAGGCUCCCACCAGACCUGUCAUAGACUGCCUCUACUGCCCUGCUUGUCAACUGCAUGCUCCCCUUUUGGAGGGGAAACAUCUUUAGAAAUUUUUUUUUAUUAAAAAAUGUUAUUAGAAGUGGGCUUUUGUUUUACCAGGUCUAACAAACCAGUAAAUGCAGUCAAAUCAUGUAUCAAGCAUUCUAACAUAAGGCUUACAAAAGACCUGGGCAAAACUAUGGUUGAUGACAAUGUUGAUUCUAGUUAUGGAUAAAUUUUUUAUUUUCUUAUUUUAGUAACCAUAGAACUAUUUAACACUUGUGGAUUAUUUUAACUUCACUAAUGGUCUUGUCUUCUGCUGAGUUGCCUUUCUUGCCAAAAUAAGCCAUAUGAAUCAUACAUGUUGAACUCUUCAGGUUAGGUAGUGUUAGUUUUAAUCUGAUAGGAGCAACAUUCUGUCUCUUAAUUUAACUGUAUUUACUCCUUUCAGCUUUGAAUGAUCAAUUUUUGUCCCUGUUGUGCUUUUGUUUUUGACUUGGUUUGAAAUGAGUAAUAAUUAUUUAUGUCAGCGUUUAUGUUGAUGAUUAUGAUGAUAUAUUGUGUAUGUGUGCGUGUGUGUUUGUGUAGGUGUUUGAGUGUGUGCGUGUGUGUGUGCGCGUGUGUGUAGUCCGUGUGUAGUCCAUGUCCUCUGGCCCGCUGGAGCCCCUGCUGUGGUGGGUCAGAGUCCUGGAGACACUCUCAUAGACCUGCCACAACACACCCCACCAACAGGAUAGACUAAUUACUAUUUUUGCAAAACAAAACGGAAAAGAAGAAGCUGAUUCACAAUAAUUCAUGAUUGAUUGCACUUGUUUCAGUAAGACUAUUUUCCAACGCUGGAUGCCUGGAGGCCCUAGUAUGUAAUCGUGGUGACGGACUGCACCCGGACACAUCUGCUUUUGGAGUCAGUUGGUCAGAGAGACUUGCCCAUUUUCUAUCUUUUUUAUAUUUCCUAGAGCACAUACUAAUUGGUUCUUUAUACUUGUUUUGUCAUGUUUUAUGAAAGAAUGUCUAUGGAUGGAACUUUUGAUAUACUUCAGUUUGUCCAAGUCUUGUUUGGGUCUGUCAAAAGAGUAGGUCAGAUUUGUCUUUUUUCU